AUGAGAGCCGGAGAGGUUUGGCUGCUUGUUUUCAUUACUCUGGCUCAUGCCGAUGCCUACUCCUGCCCAGACUUUGACGCAAUUGGUCAGCCAGGCGUUCAUCCGAGCAAGUGGCGUCAAGAGGAUCUGAAUGGUGUGUGGUACGUUGUUGCAACCAAUGAGCCGACGAUCCCGACCGAUAUGAUGAGAAAGUGCGGUGUCCUGAAUUGGACGGUUUACACCGACGAGUAUCGAUACACUAACACAGUCACUCAGAUGGGGUUGUGGCGCGUCAACAUCACCGUCAUGAAUGCUGGAUAUCGAUCGAAAGACCCUCUUCGUCCAGGCAAUUGCACAGAGGGUUUCGGACUAUUCAACCGCACGGUCGACGUUACUGCGGGUCCUAACAUGUUCUUCAACUAUUCCGCAGCCGAAGGAUUUUACAUGUCAUAUGCCUGCAUUGGCAAAACCAUGUUUUCUUACAUCCUUGCAGCCAGGAGCCCUUUGCGUUCUGUGGAGUGGAUCCACGAAAAGUUGGGUUGGGCAUCGGCACUUGGAAUAUUGGAUAUGGAGAAUGUUGUCAUCAGUGAUGCACAUACCAGGCGAACGCUGUGUUGGGGUGAGAGUAGUGAUGCAGUGGUUGUGUAA